AUGCCAAAUCCUAUAAAAUAUAUUUUUCACAAAGUCAGUGUCAAAUUAUUGGCACACAAGUGCGGUAAAGAAACUUCGGAACUUCCGGCUUCUUUUCAAGAUCCAGAAAUUGCGUCUAUUAUCCUCAGAACCGGGCAAAGCGAAAUGCCAGUUUUGAUCAUCCAAUGGAAUGACCAAGGUUUUAAUGACGUUCUCACUGUUCCCAAUUGCCGUAACGGUAUUCCAGGGCAAACCAAACUCGUGCUCAUUGCAUUAUUUGUUGCAAAUGGAGGAGUUAACAAGUACAAUGCCAAUACCGUAUUCACAUUUAGAGAUGGUGAAGCACACAGCGCGUGCGAGGAUAUGAUACCUCGAUGGGCUCGUCACCAGCCUGGCCUGGCAUCCCAGAUGUCGCUUUUUCAGUUCAUAGAAUUAACAAGUAUAAUGACUGCAUGGAUAUCAAGCCGUAUUUAA